CGCCCGGACGUUCCACGGGUACCCCACAAACACCCUGGCCUUUGCCUGCGUGCUGUGGGGAAUUGAACCAGCCAAGAAUGCACUUCCUCUCUCCCUGUUAGCCCGCCCUCAACAGUUUUGUAGGGGAGGUGCAGGCCGUUUUCACUAGUUUUUAAAAAUGCAAUCAAGAUGAUAGUCGGGAAAAUAUGUGACACCGCUGCAGCUUCCAUCACCUGAGGAGGGACCGAGUCAGACAGCGGAGAAUAUGAGUUGUUCACGCUGAACGGAAUAAAGGAAUCUUGUUCCUCGCUGCCUAAGAAAUGGCUUCACUUUCAGAAUAUGCACUGCGUAUGUCUCGUCUGAGUGCUCGGAUCUUUGGUGAAGUGGCCAGACCUACUGAUUCAAAGUCCAGGAAAGUGGUGAAUAUGUUCAGUGAACAGCCCUUGGCCAAAAAGAAAGAGGUUUAUGACUGGUAUCCAAAUCACAACACGUAUUUUGCACUCAUGGGCACACUCCGUUUCCUUGGCCUUUACAGAGAUGAGCAUCAGGAUUUUAUGGAUGAGCAAAGACGUCUAAAGAAGCUCCGUGGAAAGGGGAAACCAAGGAAAGGAGAAGGAAAAAGAGCUACAAAGAAGAAAUAGUAUCAGCUCACCAAGAAAGAAAAUUCCUUCCUCG